GUAAGUUAACGAAGAAUGCCAUCACAUCCAGCACACUUUUUACCCUUUUCUCUACGAAGCUCUUCGCGCGGUGCUCCGCCCGGCAUACAGUUCAGCACGCCCGUCGGCGCACCCGAAACCAAACGCAAGAUGCUGCUCUACAAGCGGCUUCUGUGCAGGGAGCUGCUCCGCGCUGAGCGAACUCCCCAGCAGAUCCGUUCGGCCCGGUGGCGGAGAGAGCAGCAGGAGGCGGAAGGAAUGUUUCCAACCUCUUGAUCAAUGCAACACCCAACAGGAGCCGGGCAACUGUGAUU